AUGUUUUUGAAUCCUGCCUUUCUGCUUCUCUCCCUCAUUACUUCCUCGUGUCUUUUUGCUAUUUCUAUUGUACUAUAUGCUAUCCGCCCCCGUCUUGAUGUCGAUUUUGCUACUCAGGUGGAAGAAUCUGUAGGGACCUUCUCAGAACUGGCUAUUGAUCUCGGCGUCUACUUCGUUCCCGAGACGUCAUCUAUUCCGCCUCAAUCACUCACAGCGAUACUUCCCAUUCUGCCUUCCUCUUUGCAUCGCACCGAAGAGCUCAUUCAACCGUUCCUCGAGCCCCAGGAACACGUCCUAGAGCUUGUUAUUGUGUGCCCUGACACGAUCGCGUCUUCCGUUCGGCGUGUUCUCCAAGACACAUUCUCCACUUUACAAUCAGAGGGACAUCCUGUAAUCUCGCUGCAUCCAUGGUCGGACUUGCAUGGGCCAUUUGCCUUUCUCAAAGCUGCUGCUGCUGCAACAACCGAAUGGGUCCUAAUCAUGGAUGACACUGGCCUCUCUGACCAGCUGGAAUACGACGCUUAUGUCCUCUUACAUCCCCCUGAUAUCAGCCUACCUUUUGGUCCCCAUGGGAAAGAGCUGAUAGCAAGCGAGGUACUCCAACUCUCUUCUUGGGGAGAAAUCGUGCCAGGAAAGUUUAUUCUCCCUCCCUUUGUCAUGCCUUCAAGUCUGUCACCAUUUAGCUUGGAAUAUGAGGGCCCUCCUAUUGACUGCAACACAUGGGCUGAUUUUGGUGAGUAUGUAGCCAGUCUUCAUCCUGAUCCUAUCGGAGGAAUCCUCUUCAAAGAGCCCACAUCGACGCAGUUGUCCUCGUUUUUUCUCUAUCCUGUCGAUAUGGACUUUCUGCCUGAUCAGCAUCUCGUGGAAUGGGAAGACCUGUCUAACGAUACAGACAUCACUCCUAAGUUCUUGCCUUAUCCUCUGGUCAAUAUUUCCGAAGCGAGCCCCCAACCUCGAUUCGUGUUGUUCUUGCCUACUCUAAAGGAUGUUGAAGACAUGCAAUCUUUUCUCUGCGCCAUGCAAGCAACUGAUCAAUGGCGAAUACAAAUCCUGGUAUACGACGAUGUGUUUCCAGAACUAGAUCAAGGCGAAUGGACUUCCGGGACCUUUGAGUUUAGUCAUUGUACUAUUGGAUAUGAGGUUCCUUCUGGAGAGAUUGCUAUAGCAUUAGGCGGCUCAAGCAGUACACCACUUCUUGACUGGCUUGGGGAUCUCAGUGUUCCCGUAGAUGUCGUUCUCUGCCUCAAGGAGGAGGAUGUAUUGGCCAACUACUUGUGCUCGCCGCAUAAAAAUUCUUUGUUGCAUUUAACAACCAUCAUAAAGAUUCCAAGAUCAGACUUGAACCAAAUGGAAUGGAUGUCUUCGCUUUCUCUGGAAGAGUGGAAAAAUUGGAAUAUACCUCGGGUUGACAUUACGGUUAUAACCAACGACCGUCCAGCCUCACUGAAACGACUGCUUGACUCCCUUCAAGCUGCCCGAUACUUUGGAGACACCAUGGACAUGCGCAUAAAUAUAGAUCAAAGCUGCGACGCGGAGACUCUGGAAAUCGCAGAGCACAUCAGAUGGCCGUUCGGAAGGGUGUUCUUACACCGCAGAAUCAUCCACGCAGGCCUCCUUCCCGCGAUCGUGGAAUCCUGGUAUCCACAUAACAAUGAUUCGUACGGCUUGCUCCUCGAGGAUGACGUGGAACUCUCCCCGUUGUUCUAUGCAUGGAUAAAAAUGGCCUUGCUGCGUUACAGGUAUGGUGUUCCUGACAAUAGAAGUCCUACUUUAUUUGGUAUUAGUCUUUACCAACAGAAAAAUCUCGAGUUACCGCUCGAAGGUCGUCAGCCGUUUAACCCACGCAUAUAUCUGGCCAAUGAAGGCAUAGAACACCCAACCAUUCCAUAUCUUUCCCAAGUUCCGUGCAGCUGGGGAGCAGUGUAUUUUCCCGAGCAUUGGCGAGAAUUUCACGAUUACCUCUCCAUCCGCCUGUCGGAAACUGUCAUGCCGCUCGAAGAAGAGGUCGUUCCCAAAGUACGAUCAAAUCAGUGGUCAAAAUCCUGGAAACGAUUUUUCAUCGAGCUGGUUUUUCUCAGAGGAUACGUGAUGCUAUAUCCCAACUACGAGGAUUUUGUGUCGCUUUCCACUAAUCAUUUAGAGGUCGGGUCUCACGUCAAAGAACGUUCACAGGAAAAGCGAGACCUCUUUGAUUUACCCUUGAUGGGACUCGAGGUUUCACAAGAACCGUCCAAGCUUCUCGAUAUGCCGGGCCACUCUCUCCCUCGCAUAAACAUGCUGCCAAUAUUGAACUUGACCGGAUAUCUCACGUCAUCCCUAGACAUUGUUCGAAGAGGAAAUUUACGACAAUCCGAUCUCGUACACUGCAAUAAUCCGUUUGAAUUGUAUAACAUUCGAUCUCUUAUGUGUAUCAACACGCUGUAG